ACCCGCCAUAUUGGAUGAGGGGUCUAACCGUUUGAGUCCCGUACCAAGAGGGCGGCCGCGUGUGUUGUGCGUGGUGUGGAGAGAGAACGAUGCGGAUGCCACCUCCGCCGCUGCCGCCGCCGCCGAGUUCCAACACUACUAUCGUUAAAUGGCUCUGAGGUUCGAGCAGCUGAGCUGCCCGCAGUCCGUGCCCGCCUGCCUGCUGCUCGCCUGCCUCUACGUGGGCAGCCUCUACGUGUGGCGGCACGAGCUGCCCAGAGACCACCCCGAUGUCAUCAAGCGGCGCUUCACCAGCGUGCUCGUGGUGUCAGCGCUCGCCCCCUUCUACCUGUGGCUCUGGUCGGUCGACCAGGAGAACCAGGCAAUUUGCAGUGACCCAGAGUUCGAUCAGUCAUGGGGCUCCCUGCUGGAGACAAUGGGAAUUCACACCCGCGGCUUGCUCCCUGCCAUCGUUCUGCCGCUCCUGCUCACCGCGGUUCUCUUCUUGGGUCCCAUCGUUCAGCUGACCCUUGACUGUCCCUGGGACUUUGUCUCUGGAGUGAAAGUGUUGAUUGAGCCGCGGUUCUGGGCGCUGUGCGUCUCCGACAUCUGGUGGGUGCGCAACCACGUGGUGGCGCCGCUCACGGAGGAGCUGGUGUUCCGUGCGUGUAUGCUGCCCCUGCUGGUGCCCUGCACAGGCCCCACCAUGGCCGUGUUCGCCUGUCCCCUCUUCUUCGGCGUCGCUCACUUUCACCACGUCAUCGAGCAGCUCAAGUUCAAGCAGGGCAGCGUGGAGAUGAUCCUUUUGUCCGCAGCGUUCCAGUUCUCCUAUACGUCGGUGUUUGGUGCCUACACGGCCUUUCUCUUCAUGAGGACAGGUCACCUGGUGGGCCCUGUACUCUGCCACUCGUUCUGUAACCAGAUGGGUUUCCCGCCGGUGGCGGCCGCCCUCGAGCACCCGCGGCGCUCCGCCAUCGCAGGCUGCUACGUGUCGGGCCUCGUGCUCUUCCUGCUGCUGCUGCACCCGAUCACGCAGCCCGCGUUCUACGCCGACAACGUGUUCGGGCUGCUCGGCGCGAGUGCGACCGUGGGGCGGUAGAGACGCGCGUGGUGCGUUUUGCGACUCGCCUUCCCCCCGCCGAGCCGCUAUUCGUGAAGUUCGCCAUCUGAUUCGAGUCGGCGGUUGUCUCGUUGUUUGCGCCGCGUGUACCGUUUCAUUUUUGCUCGUUCGUUUGUACUGCCGUGUUUGUGUUUAGUGCGUCUUCUUUUGUGCUGCCUGUACGGUUUCGUUUUGUACUCGUUCGUUUUUAUCGGCUGUCUCAUUUGUUUGUCUGUACAGUAGAGCUGCGACGAUCGGGUGAUUACUUUAAUUAAUCAUCUAAAAAUUGCAAAUUGACUUUAUUUUUUGAGAGCGAUUUCUCGGGCCCCUUUUGACAUUUUCCCUCCUGAAGGUAGAAAACCCCCAACAAGCUACGCCCAACAUGACGCAUCUGACACACCGAUGGUGUCAUGAAACCCCGCCCAUCACCUCCCAUUCAGCGACACGCUUGGGAACAUUAUUGAGACUUUUCCAACUAAUUUUGCAUUAUCCCCAAAGUAAUCUACUUGAGCAUCUCCCGAGGAAUCGAUUUUUUUCUAUUUUGGCAUCUCUCCUCUACUGUACAGUUUCAUCCUAUCUCGUUUGUACCAUCUUGUAAUUCUGUACUGAUGCAUUUGUACUGUCUGUUUUAUUCGUGCUGUCCUUAUUUGCUUUGCCGCUUUGUCUGUUCUGUCUCAUAACUGGCUCAUUCAUAUUUUCCCUGCUCUGUUCCGUCACUAUGGUCAUGUUUGUACCAUCUGGUGUUAUAUUUCUUGUUUUCUUCGUUUUCCGUACAAGCUGCAUGCACCCAAAAACAAUUGAUCCUUACACGUACAAAUUUGUGAAUGUAUUACGAUCGUAAGGUUUAGGAGAUGCAUUUUUCUUACAAGGGAACUUUUUGGUGGCAACUAUUGCAGUUGACAGUUGCGGAUAACGGUUGCCCUUAAAAUUUCCCAAGUGUCUCAGGGCCUUGAUGGGUGCCACUGCUUGUGCACACAAAGUGGGGCUUGACGGUACUCCCAUAACCCAAUGAUGGAGUUUUCAUUCAAAGGUCACUUCUGAUAUAUUUCCCAUAAUAGUUUUCAGCCCUUAUGCCAUUCCACUGCUGGAUGAAGGCCUCUCCAUACCCCUGUCGGUCAUGGGAGUUGUGAAAGGGGGCAACAGGGAUGGGUUCAGAUAUGGCACUCGCCACCGAUGUUAGCCGUGACCAGAAGUCAAACUCGGAUGGCCGGCUUCAUAGCGCAGCCUGCUAAGCGUUGUGCCAGCGCACCCACCCUCACCUCCCUUUUAUCACAAAUAAUUCAAUAGGCGUAGCAAUGGCAUUUAACGAAUGUGAUUCCCAUACCUGUUUUCGUUUAAGAAAAUUAUUUUUGGCGGCAGCAAUCAAAACUUACACCGUGGAGGCGUUUUGCAAAACGUAUUAUCGAUUGUGACAAUUUAUUUUGUAGGGGGUAAUUAUUAUCUUGGUUAUUUGUUUUUGUAUUGUUAUUGUCUGGUGAUGGUGCUUUUUUGGACUGGGUCUGCAGUCAUGGCGUUAACCUGUUUGCCGUUGGAAAGCGCUUAUCGAUUAAUUAAACUCGCAUUGCGAUGCCUCCCAGUUUUAAAAUGCGCUCAGAGUUAACAUCCAUCGGACGAUUUGAAAGGGCUUGUAUAAAUUUGCAGAAGCAUCAGACUCCCCUAUAGCUCGCCCAUAUAACAGCAGCCCAAUUGGAUGAUGGUCUCCCCAUACCUUAAAGUCAUGGGUGGUGUUUGACCAAACUUCAUCAUGCUGGUCAGUGUGGGUUGGUGAAGGGGGGGUGCCCAGGUUCAGUUAAAAAUACCACUCGCCACUAAUGUGAGCCAUGGCUGGGAAUCAAACUCAGGUUUAUGGGUUCAUAACUCAGGGCACUUAACCAUUGCACCUCCUCUCCUGCGUCGGUGCUUCUGCAGAUUUCUAUACACACUCUGUUCUUGUGUUCUGUGCAUUAAUUUUCACAUGUUUUGACUGCCCUGCAAUUUCAACUUAUCUUGACACGUACCCCAUUCGCUCAAUCCCCCCCCCACAUCCCACCAAUUAACCAAUCACAAUUGUUCACAAAUUGGUUGCAGUUUGGCUUUUUGGAGUUUGUAGGUAUUAUUUUGUGAACAUACAAACAGACGUUACAAGUACUCGUCAUGGCUUCAUGCAACACAAGCGUCAAUGACAGCCGGUACACCAUUUGUAAUACAGUAUACAUAUAUACAAAGAUCCCCUGUAUAGCCUGCGUCGGCUGUUGGGGAAAGUACACACAUGUACGUAAUGCGAAUGUAUGCACUAGAGGUGUAUCGAUUCAUCCAUCCCCACAACGAUUUCAUCAAUUUCAGGAUUUAGGGGUUGCCAUUCGAGUCAACAUUUUUUUUAAAGAUUAUGGUGAAUGUGUGGCCUCUAGUGGCUGCAGGAGUCAUGUGACCCCUAUACAAUACAAUGCAACAUAAAAUCGAUAUUACUCAAGUAAUCAGUGUAUCCUUACACCCCUAGUUUAUUCAUGCUGCACCCAACAUACCACAUUCUAUCACGCGUGUAUAUUUUUGAUGUGGGUGGGGUAACAAAGGGAAAUGCGUAUAUAUAUUAGAGCUACUAAUUUGUAUUAUAAUACUGACAGGUUUACUCUGCUGGUACGUGCGUUCAAUGCAUACCUUUUGGGAUAUUGAAUAUUUUAUAAUACCGUAUUGAGCCUUUAUAGAACUGUCUCAUGACACAAAUAAAUGCAGUUGUUUCUAAAUGCGUUGGUCUUAUAAAAGAUGCUUCAACCAAAUACUCAGAUUAAUAUAUAUUUUAAAAUAUAAAAAAAAAUAGUUUGGACCAGUUUGUGUCUCAGGGCCCACUUGGCCACAACAAUAAAUGCUUAAUAUUUUUUUAAAAUGAAGUGCGUUAAAUGUAAUCGUCACCUGAUAUUUCUUCAGGGUGUCGCUUUGAAUCAAAAGUGAAAUUGCCUGUUGUAAAAUUCACUUUAAUGAGGACCCUGUGACAUUGUUAACAAGAGUGGGCCAUUGUGUGCUUGUGAGCUUGUUAUAAGUUGAAAACUUUGAAAAAAUGUUCCUCUGCUAAAUAAACUGCAAAAAGUAAAAGGCA